UGAAUCAAUACGAGGGGAGUAUUCAACGCCAUGUUUGUGAAUUCCGCCCAUGUCAGAAGGAUUUCGGACAUGGUUGAACUCAGGUCAUGCACGCUGCAAAGAAUAAUCGUCAAAAGCCAAGGGCAAAGUGGAUGUCAGCACUCGUGAACUGUGUCCUGCACCAGCCUCGUGAGGGCCUGGAACGUCGGGUUAUUUGCGUGUCAGGAUUUAAGCUGGUCCUGCCCGCCUUGGAUUCUUAAAAUUUCCCCCAACAGUGCUGAUCUGUGAUGCAUUCCUCAAGUCGUUACGUGUGCCGUCACUUAACGGAGAUUCUAUGUUCGUGAGGCGUCCCUAGGGAGGAUAUUAGAACAAUGGUGAAGUUUUCGAAGCAGCUGGAAGGCUCUCUGGUUCCGGAAUGGAAGGAUGCCUACUGCAACUACAAAGAACUCAAGCGAGAUGUGAAUCGUAUCAAGGAAGAUCGUCUGCAGCAGAUCAGCUCGCUUCCUUCUAACAGCUCUUGUGGCAGCCUCAGGAGAUUGGGAUCCAUGUCGCAGUUGCACAGCCUUAGCACCCAUAUCAUGCGAACAGCUCAUGGAUUGAACCCUCUGAGCCGUGACAGUGACCAGUUCCGCGUGGGACACAAGCACAAGAACUCGACAGAUUGGAACGAGGAUGCAGCGUCUAUGCUCGACGACAACGAAUUGCUUGAACCACUUGGCCAGACACAGCAAGACGAAAUUUUCUUCAACCGGUUGGACGCAGAGUUGGAGAAAAUCAAUCACUUCUACAGAACCAAAGAGGCAGAGUAUGUUGCCCGCGCAAUGCGCCUGGAGAAGCAACUCCUUGCUUUAUUUGAGGUUCGAGAAGCUCUCGCACGCCAAAGCCUCAAGAUGCGCACCUUCUCCUUCACCAAAUCUCAGGAUCGCAAUACAGAACCCCAUUCCGCAAGGAGAUACGAAAGUCCACUUCUCGAAGUCAUCACCGUGCGACCUGAAGAGCAGCCGUACAAAUGUAGCGACAGCAUAAAGGAGAAGGAGAAGCCAUUUCGGGCUCAUUCGGAGGAAUCAACUUCUGGCAACACCUCAUCCGAUGAGGAGAUGGAAAUCAUAGCAAAUUUUAUUGAGAAUGUUGAAGUGACAUCUGAGGCUCCGGAUAUGGAAACUGAAGAGUAUUGUGUCGGUGUAUCGCCAGUUGACCUUUACGACCGUAGCCUACAGAGUCUCCCCUGGUCUACUCGGAGCAACUCUCCCUCACCAUGUGAAAAAAAUUCUCAAUACGGGUUCGGCACCCCUGACACUAACCAACUCCAUACCGUGCUUGAAAGGAAAGGUGACUUCCAAGCUAGGACGUGGGAUUGUAAAGACAUAGUGGAACAUCAGGGAGUCCGUAAGCCGAAGCGAAAUCGGCCAAAAAGCAUCAUCCAAGAUAUGAUCGACAUGAGCCUUGGCAAGAAAAAAGUUCAGAGCUCUGAGAAGAUGCUGCGCACUGCAUUUGUUGAGUUCUAUCGGGGUCUCGGCCUGCUCAAAAGCUACAGCUCUUUGAAUUUGGUGGCAUUCGCGAAAAUCAUGAAAAAGUAUGACAAAGUGGGGAGACACAGAUUUUCACCGUUGUACAUCAAAGAAGUGGAGAGCUCCUAUUUUGCAACUUCAGAUAAGGUGACAAAGUUGAUGACCAAGGUGGAGGAAAUCUUCACCAAGCAUUUUGCCGACCAUGAUCGACGAAAAGCUAUGGCACAGCUCAGACCCAUACAGCAACGUGGGGGUCAUAGCAUAACUUUCUUGCUAGGUAUUUUUUCAGGUGUUUCAAUGGCACUGCUAGUAGGAUUUCUAGUGUUAUUGUCUUCGACGGUACAGUAUAGAAUGUUGGGAGGUCGCAAGUACAUGGACACAGUUUUCCAUGUGUUCAGCACUUUGGGUUUAAUACUUCUACAUAUGUAUAUGUAUGGAUGGAACGUCUACGCAUGGCAGCGAGCACGAAUCAACUACCCUUUCAUCUUUGAGUUCUCACCGGGUACAGAGCUCCGAUACCGUGAGGUCUUUCUGGUCUGUACAGCAUUGACAAGCUUGUUACUGGGCACCAUGAUUGCGCACAUCAUUGCGAGCACCAGAGAGGCCACGCACUUCGGCACCUCAGAAUUUGCUCCUCUAGGGAUUACUCUGUUUUUUCUGAUGGCGCUUUUUACGCCAGUGAACGUACUUUAUAGAUCCUCGCGAAUGUCCUUUCUUCGUUGCACGCGACGCGUUGUUUGUGCCCCUUUUUUUAAGGUAGUUCUGGCUGAUUUUUUUCUCGGUGAUCAACUGACAAGCCAAGUAGCUUCGUUUCGAAAUGUUGAAUUCAUGUUAUGUUACUUCUCUGGUGGGUAUUUCCAAGACCGAAACCCAGACGCAUGUACUCAUAAUGCGGCUUUCAGAGUGAUGAUGUAUGUCUUCUCCUUGCUGCCGUAUUGGUUUCGUUUCAUGCAGUGCUCGAGGAGAUGGCGAGACGAAGGUGACAAGAUGCAGCUUUAUAAUGCUGGGAAGUAUGCGUCUGCAAUGUUCGCUGUGGCGACUAAACUCACUUACAUGAUUAAAGGAGACAAAAUUUGGCUGGCUCUUUUCAUUAUGAUCUCUUGUUUUGCAACUCUUUACCAGCUUUACUGGGAUCUUGUUGUCGAUUGGGGCCUGCUUCAACGCAACUCAAGGAACCGGUGGCUCCGAGACAAUCUCGUUCUGAAGAAGAAAUACCUUUAUUUUGUUUCUAUGGGCGUGAACGUUGUCUUAAGACUAGCUUGGGUGUCAUCUAUACAGCAUGUGAAUAUGAUUCCAGGAUUCACUCAAGCAGGAUGGGAUAUCAUCUUUGCAUCUUUGGAAGUGAUUCGUCGGGGGCAUUGGAACUUUUACAGACUGGAGAAUGAGCAUAUUAACAAUGUGGGUAAAUUUAGAGCAGUGAAAACAGUCCCCCUACCAUUUAAGGAAUUUGAGGGGACGUGCGUGUAGCCUCAGCCACAAUAGUAAACAACAUUUUGUAGAAUAUCCGGCAGUCUGAAGAGACAUUUGAGACACAAUAGGCAUGUACAGAUUCAAUUCUUGCCGAACUUGUCAACUUACCAAAGUUAGAUUUACGUGGAGGUGAUCCCUCCUGUAGCAAUUUUUGCUAAGACCAGAUAAUACUGUAUUGCAAGCUGCCUAACUGGGUAGUCGUUAAUUGUCAUUGAGACCAGAAUGUUGGUGCUUUUCACAUA